AUGGCCGUCUCGCUGCGGCACUCGUCGGCCACCAACGGCAACAGCGCGGCCGCGCUGGACGGCGACGACGAGGCGUGCCCCGUGUGUAAGACGACACGGUACUUCAACAAGGACAUGGAGUUUCGCAUCAACACCGAGUGCUACCACCGGAUGUGCAAGACGUGCGUGGAGCGCAUCUUCAAGGACGGGCCGAACCAGUGCCCGUACGCGGGCUGCCACAAGACGCUGCGGCUGCGCGGCUUCAAGGCGGCCUACUUUGCCGACCUGGGCGUCGAGCGCGAGGUGGACAUCCGGCGGCGCGUCGCCGCCGUCUUCAACCAGGCCGAGGACGACUUUGACGGGCUCGCGAGCUACAACGACUACCUGUACAUGGUCGAGUGCCUGACCGACGACCUGACCAACGGCGGCGACGCGGCGCGCGCCGCCGCCGAGGCCCGCCUCGCCGACUACGAGGCCCGCCACAAGGCCGAGAUUGAGCGCAACCGCCGCCUCGCCAAGGAGUCGGACGAGGCCCGCCAGCGCCGCCUGGCCGCCGAGCAGGAGAGCGCGCGCCAGCGCCGCCUGCAGGACCUGCGCGACGACGCCGACGCAAAGACGAGCGCCGCGCGCUUCCGCGAGGAGAUGCUCGACUCGCUGCAGAGCGCCGAUGUCGGCCACGCCGCCGCCGCCGUCCACAAGAUUGUCCUCAAGAAGCGCGGCCAGCAGCAGCAGCAGCAGCAGCACCAGCGGGCCACGCUGGAUUCGGCGGCUGGCGGCGGGCUGUCGAUUCGCGGCUUGCGCGACAAAAAGGCCGCCGCCGCCGACGCCGCCGCCGAGAGCAAGAAACCGUACGACCCGUACGGCGGCCUGGACCUGACGACGCAGCGCGUCGACUUGGCGCCGGCACAGCUGCCCCAGUACACCAGCGAGUGGCUGGAUGUGACCCGCUCCAAGCACGAGUACACGGUCGGCGGGUAUAGUGCUGAUGAGUACCUCACGCGCGCGCUCUUUGAGGCCUUUUCGGGCCUGGGCGUCUUUGUGGACGAGGAAAAGGAGACACGGUAG